AUGAAGCCGCAUUCAAUGCCCAAGCUGGCGGCCACAGCCACUCCCCAAUGUGCCAGUCCCGGGAAGAAGAGCUCUGGCGGGCCGCUCGAGAGUCCGCUUACCAAGCGCAGCCGCUUCGUUGGCAAGCAAUCCCAGCAGCCCCUGCCUCCUGCAUCUUUUGAGGACUCCAAGCACCAUGAUGCUCUCUAUGGACCGCGAGAGCACAUUCGCCACCGCUUCCCUGGGCUCAUUGGGCUACGAUUGCUCAAUACGGUGAAUAAGUGGUAUCGUGUGCAGAAGGACCAGCGCAUUCCUUUCUUCAGCAGCGGCUUCGGCAACACCAGCGGCACCAAAUUGCUCGUGAUGCACGACAUGAACCACCGUGACCAGGGCGCGGUGGAGGAGGACUACACGCUAAAGGUCCUCAGUAUGGGCAGCGUCCCUGGCGUGCGAGGACAGCCAUGGGCAGUCUUGACUGCUGAUCGUGCCGACCCUGACGGCGACGGAGUGCCGCCCUACCAGUUGCUGACCUUCGGCACGCUUACGCGUGCGAUCUACAAUGCGAUCAGUAGGGAGCCUGAGAACCCGCAGGUGGAGGCGACGCUCGAGGCGGGCUUGCAUGGCGCUCAGAUCUACAGCUGCCGCACGCCCCCAGACGUGUGCGAAUUCCUCAUGGAGUUCCACAACGAGUUCCACCAGGGCAGCGGCUACACCUUGAUACAGUUCUUCCAGCUCACAGAGAAAUCCGAGGCGCAAUGGAAGGCGCAUGCGCAUAGCACUGGACAGGACGUCACGAACCAGGAUGCGCGGCAAACAUGGUUGUCCACACAAUACCCGAAGAAGUACAACAGCCCCAACGUGUUCAACGACGCCAAGGCCAGCUUGCACGCCCUCAAACGUCUUGGCAUGUACCAGCCCGCCAUGGCCUUACUCGGGGCUACCUGCGAGUUCACGGAGCUCAAGAACGAGUUCGCCGCGUAUGCAAUCCACGAGCUGAUGAUUGUCCUGGAGACCAAGUACAAGCACGCGAUGCCGAAGGAGCUGCUGAUCACCGUGGGCUGCGAGAUCCUGAAGUUCAUGGUGCCGACCGUGGCGCGCAAGGAGGACGCUGCGCCAGGGUCAGAUUCUUUCAAGAACAACCAGUUCCUCCAGUCGUUCGUCAGUACUCGGGAGGUGCCGUGGAUUCUCAACAGUCGCGACAACGUGAAGGACAGGAUGGAGAAGCUCAAGCUCCUGAUCACAAGCAUGGCGGGUUCAGCGGCCUUGAAAAGGCUGGAGGCCAACCUGCAGAAGACGCCCAAAAAGAAGCCCGGCAGCCCGACCGCCGGGAUGGAGGCUAAGGAGUGCGCGGACGCCAUCGUCGCCUACGACAAGGGUCCCACCAACAAGAGCAAGACGGUCAGGACUCGGGAGAAGACCUGGUUGGACGACUUGGUCGCUUGCCUUGACUGGGUUGUGUCGUUGCUCCCAGCAGAGCCGCCAGAGUUGGACGCCAUCCAGUGCAAGGGCAUGGCGAUCUCUAUGGGCGUGGAGUUCUGCUUCACAGGUCAGCUCACGGUUGGGUCCGAGACGUUCACCAAGUGGUCCUUGCUGCGGCCUAGGCUACAGGAGAGCGUGAAGCAAAUCAUGUCAGCGAAAUGUUCUUCGUCAACCCUUUUCCAGAACCAGCUUCAAGAUCGCCUGAUGCAAGCCAUCGGCGACAUGGACGCAUCGGAGUCGCAGAGCCCUGCUGGGAAGUCCAGUGAGCCCGCCGAGCAGUCUGAGAUACAACGUUUCGUGGCAGACGAGAGCCGCGUGCAGACCAUCGCCGAAUUCGUUUCCAAGAAUGCUGCCGACACGCCGCUCAAAGCACAGGCGCCCCUGUUCGAGCUUCGGAGCGCCGUCAUGAAGGAGAUGGUCGCGACUACUGCACCUGAUAACUUCAUUGCGGCCUUCUCCGACGCCCUGGUCACGGGCCUUGCGAAGGUUUUCCCCGACGACUGGUGGGUGUGCAUGGCUGCCAUCGCCGAGUGCGUGGAUGGCGGGAAGCUCCCAGACUGGGUCACGACCAUCAUGAGGCCGAACGACAUCGGACACUUUCUGGCGCUGCGGGAGAAAUAUACUCUGGAUGUGUUGAGAGACAUCGUCGCUGAUGAUGAUGCUUCCGCCAUGUCGGACGGGGACCGGUUGGCCAUUAGCAAGCUCGUGAAGGCCAUCAAGCGCCCAGAUGUCAACAAGAGCGGCGUGCUGGACAUUUUCGACACCAUCGGACGGAACGCUGCGCGGGACCACACACUCAUGGGGGGCAAGUAUGCUAGCGUCUGGGCUUCCUUCUUGGGCGCCCGCCUCUCCGAGGACAGCGAGCCCGAGAUGCUGAGCGCCGUCAAAGCGGCCGUCCUCAAGGAGUUCGGCGUGGAGAUUGACGCGGCCACUUCCAAGGCGGAGAGCCAGGGUUCGAAUGCCAGCGACGGCGGCGUGCUGCAGGUGACCCCCUGGGCAGUGAUGUCCAGCAUCGUGUCCUUCAAAGACUACGAGAAGAUUGACCUUCUCAGCAAGACGCCGCAUUCCUGGGCGGCGCUCCCACAGACCGACCCCAUCGCAGCUCACCUCGACAAGUUGUUCGCACACAAGUACGUUGUGGACCUGAGGGACCCAGAGGUGAGGAAGAACUUCAACAUGGACUGGGUCUCUAGACUGUUACCGUACAUCGAGUUUGCAAUCGAAGAGAAUCGUGACGGCAUCGAGAAGCAGACCAAACACAUCGUCGUCAAUACUUCAUUGAAGGCGCCGCCGGCCGUGGAAGUAGACGUGGCGAACACAGACGAGGGCGAGGCCAGACCCAAGGCGAAAGCCAAGGCCAAGGCCAAGGCGAAAGCCGCGGCCAAGGCUGGAGCCAAGACCGACGCUGCUGACAAGAUGGCUUGCACCUUGGACGUCGCAUCCUUCAAAGACUUCGUGCUUCCGUUCACGGGCAAGAUCAUGUGCCACCGGACCGCUCUGUGCACCCAGAUCGGGAUGAUCACUGUCACGACCGACCCAACGGUGAUUGAGAAGAAGUCUGAGGAGAAGGACUCGAAGAAGUCGAAGAAGGACAAGGAGGAGCCUGAGGACAAGGAUGGCUCGGACUCCGACAACGGGCCCGUCUCUCGGGUCUUCACGUUCAACGUGCCGAUCUACAUGAGCGGGCAGGGCGCCAGCGACAUCUUCGGCCAGCGCGUCGUUCCAGCUUGGUGCGUGAAGCCGGUCGACGAGAAAGCUACUAUGGUGAUCGAGGACCGCGUGCUGCGCCUGAAGAUCCCAGAGAAGCUCCAGCUCGGGAAAAAUGCGGCGGACAUGAUCAUCGUUGACAGCAAGCAGCUGCGAGGUGUCGUCGGCUACGAGGCGGCGAACGUGCGGCCGUACGGCAUCCCGCUGACCCGCCCGGCCUUCGACGACGAGGUGCUGAAAUCGGACAAGAAAUCCCAUGGGAAGGCGGUCGAGAAGCUGACCACGGAGCUCUUGAAGUUCAUGGGGGCUGGGGCCGCGGUGGACCAUGGCAAGCGCAAGGCCAAGAAGAACAUCAAGAUCACUGGCACUGGUGACGAUGCUGGCGCCCACGCCCUCGACGGCGACGCCGAGGAGGACGACGACGACAUCGCGGAGGCAUCGAAGAGCUCAGUGAAGCAUCUUGUGGGCUAG